GUCUAGUCACACCUCUUCCAAGGAAAGACCACUGUCACCUUAGCAUACCACCACGAGAAUAAUACCUCAGUCACCAGAGUCACCAGCCCAAAAGCUUACACCCCACCCCCCCCAGCGCAUCCCACCUGGCUCCUGGGACUCGCACAUGCACGUCUUCGACCCAGACGCCUACCCCCUCUCCCCAGAAGCAGCAUACACCCCCAAGCCACACACCCUCCCUUCCGCCCUCGCCUUCGAAUCCUCCCUCGGCCUCGACAACAUCGUCCUCGUCCAGCCCUCCGUCUACGGCACCGACAACACCUGCCUCCUCGACGCCCUCCACUGCCUCGGCCCCCGCCGCACCAGGGCCGUCGUCGCCCUCAGCCCAGCCACCACCAGCCCCUCAACCCUGCGCGCGUGGCACGCCGCCGGCGUCCGCGCCGUCCGCAUCAACCUGGUGUCCCCGGCCGAGUCGGCAACAACAACAGCAAUCACCGACCUCGCCGCGGCCGCGCAGCACCUCCUGCGCACCCACGCCGACGCCGUGCGGCCCCUCGGCUGGGCGGUGCAGCUGUACGUGCCGCUGGCCCUGCUCGACGCCCUGGAACCGCUCGUGCCGGGGCUCGGCGUGCGCGUCGUCGUCGACCACAUGGGCCAGCCGCCGGCGGGCCGAGCAGCGGCGGACCCGUACGACAUGCCCGGCUUCGCGGCGCUGGUGAGGCUGAUGCGGGGCGGACGGACGUUUGUCAAGUUGUCGGCUCCGUACCGGAUUAGCGGCGCCGGCGCUGCGGCGGCGGAGGAGGGCUACGCCGACGUCGAGCCGGUCGCGAGGGAGCUGCUGAGGGUCGGUGGGCGGCGGUCGGUGGUCUUUGCGACGGAUUGGCCGCACACGAGGUUCGAGGGGCUGGAUGUCCGGCCGUGGGUGGAGAAGGUGCUUGGGACGUGCGGGGACGAUGAUGAGCUGGUUGGGAGGGUUUUCAGGGGGGAUGCUGAGGACUUGUGGGAUGCGCGGCCGGGGGGUGAAUGA